UUAAUUGAGGUGGGGCGCUUCGUUCAUUCCACAGCCUUCAGCGCACCAUCCAGUCCCACCGGAGAAGAACCGAGCAACAGCCCUAAGCGGAAGCAGCCCAACGCAUCUUUUUAAAAUGAAUCCUGAAACGGUUGUCAUAGUCUCCGCUGCAAGGACGGCAAUUGGCUCCUUCAACGGUGCCCUGUCCACGGUGCCUCUGCCUGACCUGUGCUCCGUGGUGAUCAAGGAUGUCCUGACGAGGGCUGGGCUGAGGCCCGAGGAGGUCUCAGAGGUUAUCAUGGGACAUGUGCUAACAGCAGGUCACGGGCAGAACCCAGCGCGGCAGGCCAGCGUCAAGGCAGGCAUCCCGUACUCAGUGCCUGCCUGGAGCUGCCAGAUGGUGUGCGGGUCGGGGCUGAAGGCCGUGAGCCUCGGGGCCCAGGCCAUCCAGACCGGGGACGCGAUGGUGGUGGUGGCGGGGGGCAUGGAGAGCAUGAGCAGGGCUCCUCACACGCUGCAGAUGAGGGCGGGGGUGAAGAUGGGCGACGCAGCUCUGCAGGACUCCAUGGUGGCCGACGGCCUGACUGACGCCUUCCACGGCUACCACAUGGGCAUAACGGCCGAGAAUGUCGCAGGGAAGUGGAGCGUUACUCGGGAAGAGCAGGACAGAUUUGCAGUUCAUUCGCAGAAUAAAACCGAGGCUGCUCAGAAGGCUGGACAUUUUGAAGCAGAAAUCGUCUCCGUCUUGGUGCCAUCCAGAAAAGGUCCUGUGGAGGUGAAGGCAGACGAGUUUCCCCGCCACGGCAGCAGCAUGGAGGCCAUGUCCAAGCUGAGAGCCUGCUUCGUCAGGGACAGCAGCGGGACCGUUACCGCCGGCAACGCCUCAGGUAUAAAUGAUGGAGCAGCAGCAACUGUCCUCAUGAGCCAAUCAGAGGCUGACAAGCGGGGCCUGAAACCCAUGGCCAUCAUCUCCAGUUGGGCUCAAGCGGGCCUCGACCCAUCGAUAAUGGGGACUGGACCCAUUCCAGCCAUUAGGAAAGCGGUGGAGAAAGCAGGAUGGAGGCUGGAGGAUGUUGACCUUUUUGAAAUCAACGAAGCUUUCGCUGCACAGUCAAUCGCUGUGGUGAAAGAGCUAGGCCUGAAUCCAGACAAGGUGAAUGUGAGUGGAGGAGCCAUCUCUCUAGGCCAUCCCAUAGGCAUGUCUGGCUGCAGAGUGCUGGUCACCCUGCUGCACACACUCCAAAGGACAGGAGGAAAGAAGGGCGUGGCGUCCCUCUGCAUCGGGGGUGGGAUGGGCAUCGCCAUGUGUGUGGAGAGGGUGUAGAUCAACGAUGGACGGGAUGUUGGAACCGGGUUUGUUUAGACUAUCUGGAAAUGUAACCAAUUUAUUGGGGCUGACCUUGAGGUGUUCCAUCGCAUGACAACUUGAAGGAUGUUAUAACACAUUCUACCGUCUUAUCUUGUGACAUGUGCUGCUUUUAUCUCUUCUCCUGGAUGGUCAUGUUCUUCCAGCACGAUUGAUGAAGUGAUCAGGCUUUUGUAGAAGGUUAAUGGUUAAGGUUUGAAUUACCUCAGGAGAGCUGGGGUUUUUGGUACAAUUUCCAAUGCCUUGUGAAUAUUAAUUUUUACUGACGUUUAAGUGAGCUGGGAAAAUAUUUAGCAAUAACCAGACAGUACUCUUGGCCUCUUAAAUACUAAUCCAUCGUCAUACAUUUGAUGUAUUGUGCCAAAAAGAAGCUUACAUCUUUUUCCAGCAUUCCACUCAGUGUCUUUGCAAUGUCCCUCACCUCAAAUCACUACUUCCUUGGUGUGGCACCUAGGCUACAUUGCUGCAGUGUUUCUUGGAGAUUCCCAGUUUUAAGUUUUAACUCGGAACCUAUUUUUCUUUAUGCAGCAUAAUACCAAAGUGAAAAUGUUUACCAACAGGAAUAUUAAACAAUUCUAACCUA